AUGGGUGUAAAUUUCACCAUAAGCAACAAGGAGACGGUUAAAAACAGUGAUGUCCUGUUCCUGGCAGUGAAACCUCCAAUAAUUCCCUUUAUCUUGGAUGAAAUUGGCUCAGACAUAGAAGAUCGACAUAUUGUAGUCUCGUGUGCUGCUGGUGUUACUAUCAACUCAAUUGAAAAGAAACUUUCUGCCUUCUGCCCCGCCCCAAAAGUGAUCAGGUGCAUGACAAAUACACCAGUCAUUGUGCGGGAAGGGGCCACUGUUUAUGCCACAGGCACGCAUGCAGAAGUGGAAGAUGGGCAGCUCUUAGAACAGCUGAUGGCAAGUGUGGGCUUCUGUACUGAAGUGGAAGAAGAUUUGAUAGAUGCUGUGACAGGACUCAGUGGCAGUGGACCUGCUUAUGCAUUCACAGCCCUGGAUGCCCUGGCAGAUGGAGGGGUGAAGAUGGGCCUUCCUCGCAGGCUAGCAGUCCGAUUGGGAGCUCAAGCCUUGUUGGGAGCUGCCAAAAUGCUGUUGGAUUCUGAGCAGCACCCUGGACAGCUUAAGGACAAUGUUUGCUCGCCAGGAGGUGCUACCAUCUAUGCUCUCCACUUCCUAGAGAGUGGUGGUUUCCGCUCACUGCUCAUCAAUGCUGUGGAGGCAUCCUGCAUCAGGACACGGGAACUACAGUGCUUAGCUGACCAGGAGAAAGUCUCCCCAGCUGCCAUUAAGAAAACCUUAAUGGAUAAAGUGAAAUUAGAAUCUUCCUCUGCCAACAAAGUCAGCCUAUUCAACAAGAAGAAUCCUGGCAACAAGAAGCAGUGAAGAGACCCUGGCCUUGCCUGAGCCUGUUUUAUUUUUCUUUGAAGGGAACAUCAUUUUAAAGUGGGGGGGAUAGGUGUCCUGGACCUCAAAAUGCUGAAAGAAAGGCAUUUAAGUUUCCAGAAGUAAUUAUUAAAGUAUAGUAGAUAGGGCAAUGUUCUUGGAGGCUGAGGGGAAAGUAUUUUUUUCAGCCAGUUCUCUUAGGGAGGAAACUAUAGCAGUCUUCAUUUGAACUUGACAGAUGAUUUGUUUACAUUUUUCAAUCCAAAUUUUCCUAGUUAACCUCAUAACUGAUUUACACAACAGAUGAUCCAGAGAAAUAAUUACAUAGUCAAACAGAAAGCUGUAUCCAAGUACAUACAAGUCUUGUUCACUUGCCUUCAUUCACUCGUUCAUUAUUUCAUUCCUCUCACUCACACACAUACAAACACACAUAUACAGGGUAGAAACAGACUCUUCAUAUCUUGUUUCUGCAAUGUCUCUCAUUUUAAUCAAACAAUUGUUUAUCUACUGCUUUUAGAUUUCAUAUAGGUUAUUUGUCUGGGCUAAUACGCUGCAAAAAGUAUCUAUAGUAGUCUAUAAUAUCUUCAUUCCAUAAGAACAUAAGAAUCUGUUUUAAACAGAUGCAUCUGAUUCUCUAUUUGGCCACAUAUUGUGUCUACUCUGACUGGCAGCAACUUCCCAGUCUUUAGCAGAGCUCUUUUUCAUUUCUUGCUUCUUAAAUUGGAUUUGCCCAAGAUUUUGAUUUUUCAUUUUCAUGCAGGUAAUGUGCAAACUUCUGGUACGUAAGCUGUAAGAAAUCUUAUCUAGGUUCAGAAUCUGCUAUGGCAUGUCUGAAAGUUGUUCAAAUUGUGUGGAGAUUAUUCAUAGGUAAUUUUGAUUUUCACAGUGGAGUAGAUGUUAACACAAGGUAUUAACAUUUUGGUACUACAGUCAGAAAUAAAAAACUACUAUGAUGCAAGAAUGAGUAACAGAUGCAUUAGUGCUCUAAUCAUGAAUUUAUUGGAUUUAUUCACAGCAUUCCUCUAAUAGAUAAGGAUUAAGACUUGAAGCUUGCCUAAGGUUGCAAAAUGGGGGGGUGGGAAUAGUUGUGAGGUAUACCUUCUAAGUAGACCUGAAAUCAAAGACCUUAUUAUAGUGAGGUGCAGAGAAGUCAGUUCUCUCAUUUCUUUUAAGGCUAGAGUCUUGCUUUGCUAAAAUGCUCCCUGCCCUUUCUAGGACAUGGGUAUUGUGUUAUAUAUUGCUUUUGAGUAAAAUAUUUUUCUGCUGAGAAAAGCAGAACUUAGCCUUUAUCUGUAGAACUUAAGUCUCUUGAUAUCCUGGAGGCAGACGUGUUCUGAACUAAUUGGGAGCUUCAGUAUGCAGGUCCUGCUAAAGAGCCCAAAGACUACGAAUAUGUAGGUGGUGAUUGUGCCCAUAAAAAUCAAGGGCAGAGCAAUUCUGUACUACUUCAUCAUUGUCCUCUUCCUGCUUUAAAGACUUAUUCUAAUCUUUUCUUGUCACUUUUUCCUAUUUUCUGGAAUACACAUAAUAGGAGCAGUGGCUUUUAUUUUGUGAAUUCUUUCCCAUCUUUUACACCUAUAAGAGCGAGCUCAGAAACAUCCAUUCUGUCUUUAAACAAACCACACUUCUUGUUACAUCUGAACUCAGGAAACUUCUUAAAUAAUAGUAAAGUGACAAUGAUGUAGAGUUAAACUAUGUCCAAAGGAAUAUGAAGCAGGAUUCUCUUGGGGUGAAGCUUUAGCUUAUUUUUUUAUGACUACCCAAAUGGUCAAAGAAUUAGAGGAGGAAAUGUUUUUGCUUUAGGUACUUGCUGCAAUUUGUAUAUACUAUUUUUUGGGAAAUCAUUGUGAAUGGAACACUGAGAGUCUGCAUUUUUCAAUUUAAAAUUACAUUUGACUACUUCUGUCUUCUGAUUGCAUUAAAGUAAGCGUGUGAAACCUCAGGUGUUUUCUUUCUUGCCUUCCCUUCAACAACAAAGAAACUCGGCCAUCAAUCAAAUACCUUGCUUUUCCACUUCCUUGAAUGGAAGAGAUGGAACAAAAUUGGGCUGAGGGAGUAAAAUAUAGUAGAGUACUGUCUAUCAGUAUCUUGGAAAACUGAUAGAAGAUCUGGUUGUAUAAGCAGUUUGGUUUUUAAUUUAGAACAAAGCUGACAAGUAUAUGUAAGAAAUACAUAUUAUAGAGAAAAUUUUGAUUAUCACAUGCCUAUAGGAUUGAAGCUGAUGCAUAUUUUAAAAUAAAGCAGUAAGGUUUGUUUGUGUGUUUUUUCUGCUUAUUUUGGUGGUCUGAAAGUGGGUCAGUUUUUGAAGAAUCUGAAAGGCACAUAGCUUUUCCUUCUCACUCCAAUUCUUCAGUCUGAUUUUCUCACUUGAAUAUUGGUGUGUAAGUUUUCCAAAUGGGAUAGUUAGUCUAUUGGCCAAGCAGAUGGGGAAUCUGGUUUCCAAACAGAUAUGGCUGAAUUAUUUCUUUCUCAAAAUGUAUGUGACAUGAAAAUAUUUGCGGUUUUUUAGUCUGUAAAAUCCAUAUACAUAUAGAACUGUACUUUAUGACAUUUAUAAACCCUGUAUUUUGUAUUGGUGAUGGUCUCACAAGAUUAUUGCUGUUGCUAUUAAUAUGCUU